AUGAGUUCCAACAAAUUCAGUGGGGCCGUUCAGUUGGCUGAUUUGGAUGAUUACAUAGCACCAUCACAAGAGUGUAUCAAGCCUAUUGAAGUUGCCAAAAGCGGUAAAGUGAAGUUAAUUCAGUAUGAUUCUGAUACCAAAGAACCAUAUCAACUGACAGAAGAAAAGAAAGCCAAUAUAACUUUGAAUGAUUGCCUGGCUUGCAGUGGCUGUGUCACUAGUGCUGAAACUGUACUUAUAUCUCAGCAGAGUCUAGAGGAAGUUUAUAAGGCACUUCAAAAUGGUGAUAAAAAAUUGUAUGCAGUUAGCAUAGCACCCCAAUCUGUGGCAUCGCUUGCUGUUAAGUUUGGUCUUUCUGUUGAGAAGACCUUCAGGAAGUUGACGACGAUUUUUAAGAAAUUAGGUUUCAACAUAAUCAUGGACACUUCACUGGGAAGGGAAUUGAGCCUGAUUGAAAGUGCUAAGGAGUUUGUUAUGAGGUAUAAACUACGACAACAACAACAACAACGACAAGACUACCAACAACAACAAGAUGGUGCAACUAACAGCCACACAGCGCCAACAGGUUUACCGAUGUUGGCCUCUGCCUGUCCAGGUUGGGUUUGUUACGCCGAGAAAACUCUAACUGAAUCCAUUCUUUCCCUAAUUUGUACUGUCAAGUCGGCUCAGCAACUCAUGGCCGUCAUUAUAAAAGUGUACAUCGCUAAAAAAUUAGGUCUUCAUCCAUCCAUGAUUUACCAUCUCGCCGUUGCGCCCUGCUAUGAUAAGAAGUUGGAAGCCAGUAGGAAGGAGUUUCAGAUGGGUGCUGAUGACGUCACGGGCGUUGAUUGCGUCAUAUCUACUGUCGAAUUGCUGGAGGCGAUAGAGAGAGAGGGUACAUCAUUUUUAGAUAUUCUAGAGGAUUAUUCUUGCAACUACUGGCAAAGUGACAUCACAAACUUAUGGUCCAACGAACUCAGUGAAAGUGAUGGCUACUUAGCGUUCAUCGCUAGAUACGCGGCCAAAGAGUUACUGGAUGUUUCCGUCAAGGAAUUAGACUUCAAAGUUUUGAAGAACGCUGACAUGCAAGAAGUUAUCAUAGACAAAAACAACAACAACAAUAACAACAACAAUAAUAAUAAUAAUAGAGAUAAUGAUAAACAGACACCGGCGUUAAAAUUCGCAACUGCUUACGGAUUCCGCAACAUUCAGAACGUCGUCCAGAAACUGAAGAGGAAACUAAACAAGAAUAAUAAUAAUAAUAAUAUUAAUAAUAAUAAUAAUAAUAUUAAUAAUAAGCGGAUGGUGAUGGAACGUGGUGGUUAUGAUUAUGAUUUCGUUGAAAUUAUGGCUUGUCCUUCAGGAAAGGAAAUGAAACAAUUGUAG